AAUACAGUCAUUAGGUAGAACUAGUCGACCGAGAGUCGACAGAUAAAGUUGUGUUUCCUGGCCAUUGCCGCUAUUCACCGGCACCGAACAGUCGGUGAUCGGAGACAGUUUGGUAAAAUGAAACUUUUCCUGAUAGUUUUACUAGUUGGUUCCGGUGCCGUUGGUUCCAUCAUGGCCAUUGAUUCGACCUGGCAGAUCCCGGAGGAAUACAAGAAACCCGCCAAGCUUCUCCAUGAACUCUGCGUGGCAGAAUCAGGAGCUUCCGAGGAGCUGCUGAGGACCUGCUUGGAUGGAACCACGCACAGCGAUCGGGAAAUCAAGUGCUAUAUUCAUUGUCUCUUCGAUAAGCUCAUGGUAAUCGACGAAAACACCGGACAAAUACAUCUGAAUCGUUUAUCCGAGAUGGCACCCAACAAUGAUAUGAAGAAUGCAUUCGAGCUUCUAACAAAGAAUUGUGGACAUAUUGUAACAAACGAUCCCUGUCAGACGGCAUACGAAGUUACCAUGUGUUAUUUCAGCACUCACGAUGAGGUACUUAAAUUCUGUCACUUACUGGUAACUGAUUUAAACGUUUAAUCGCAACUAUAAAUGGAUUUCCCGACCACGGCAUCGUUCUAAUGGACCGCUAACUGCAAUAUUGUUCUAUGCUAAGUUUAGAAUCACAAAAGCGCGUACGUACAGGAUCACCUCGCUGACGGUAAUACUUUUUACGAUCAAAAUUUUCUCAUAAUAAAUGAUGAAGUAUUUUUGGAA